UCGUCCCAUCCUCACAAACGCGGCUAUAACUUGGCCUGCCUCAGAACACAUGGUGGAUCCGGUUGAACCACGAACCGCAUCCCCUGCCAUGAAGCAUUCGGCGUCCAUCUCCGUCGUCCUCGUCCUCGUCCUCGUCUCCCUCGCCGUCGCGACGGCGUCUGCUGCCGCCAUGGCCGGCGCCGCGGCGGAGGAGCACGCCGCCGCCAAUUACCUCGUCUACGUGGACCCCCACCCCCCGGGCGUCGACUGCAAGAAGUACCAGCUCGGCAUCCUCGCCGCCGCCCUCGGCGGCGAGGAGAAGGCGAAGGCGGCGAUCCUGUACAACUACAAGAACGUCAUGAGCGGCUUCUCGGCGAGGCUGACGCCGUCGGAGCUGGAGGCGGUCAAGAAGCAACCUCAGGUGAACCGGGUGCUGCCGAGCGCGACGCUAAAGCUGAUGAGCAGCAAGUUCGACGGCGUCAGUUAAUCCCAUUCUGGCAGCCAAUCUCUUCCAUCCCGGGGCCAAGCCUAAACGAAGCACCUCUUUUUUUUUUCCCUUGAGGGCGCAGAUGAUCUUUACUUGUGCCCAUAAUCACACGUGAAUCGCGGUGCGCGUAUUAUCGUCUUUGCAACCAGAUUUGUCCUUGUUCUUGUGAUUCUUGCUUAAAUGGGCAUGUGAAUUCCUUGCUCCAUCUAUAUAAAUAUAGGCCCAC